GAGUUCGGGUUUGUUGUCGGUGGCGAUGACAUGAAAAUAUUUGUUGUUACUGGAAAGAGUGCGAGGCAGGCGAGAGCGCGCAGGAACGGCCGUUAACGACAUUUACGCAUCGCACCGGUUCAAAGCACGGAGAUUUCCGUCGACGGGAAUCGCGAUUAGCGGCGAUGUCGGUGAACAUGGACGAGCUGAGACAUCAAGUGAUGAUAAACCAGUUUGUUUUGACUGCGGGCUGCGCGGCGGAUCAGGCGAAGCAGCUGCUGCAGGCGGCGCACUGGCAGUUCGAGACGGCUCUGAGCUCUUUUUUCCAGGAGGCCAAUAUCCCCAGUCAUCACCAGAUGAUGUGCACUCCAAGCAACACUCCAGCCACCCCUCCCAACUUCCCAGAUGCCAUCACCAUGUUCUCCAAACUGCGGACGUCUGAGUGCUCGGGCACCGGCGGUGGCGGAACCUCCAACCAGAUGUCCAUGGCGUGUUCUCCACCUCCUCACUCCUCGUCGCAGGGAUUCGGCUCGUUCUGGGCCUCGUCGCCCCCUAGCCAACAGCCAGUUUGGCUUCCCCCGUCCUCUCCCACGAGCCACCACACGCUCCAUCACCACCACCAUCACAUGCACCAGCCGCCCACGUGGCCGCCCGUCUCUCAGCCCGCCAACGGGCAGCAGACGCCUGUCAUUUCAGCCCUGCACGGCCAGAGAUGAGAUGAGACGAUCCAGGAGCUGUCAAUUGGGGUGUCGAUACACAGCUCAACGGGGUGGGUGAGAAUGAAAAGACUUUGGACGGCCAAGGGGUAAAGACACGGUACUCUUUCAGUCUGUUUUCUAAAAAGAUGGAAAGGCGCUCUUCUUGUUUCGUUCUUUUUAUCUUUUGUCGAUUUCGUUUCCGUACGAACCUGGGAAGAACCACUAUAAAAAAAAGAAAAUGAUGGAUGUUGAAGAGGUGGCAGAGCUUCAGAGAAACUUUGGACUUUUUUCUUGUUUUCCAGCCACGGAGCAGCUGUUGUGUGAAUUUGCGUGUGGAUGGAGGGAUCUCAUCUUGUUCUUUAGCACUGUACUCAGACUCUCCACUCUGUAGCUUUGUGUCAGCACUCGCAAUAAAACCGCUGACCGAUAAGAUUGAGUUACAUAUCGUGAUGAUCAUGAACCAAAACCAGGAUGUUGUUGAUUGAAUUCUGAACCGCGAGGCCACUAUAUGAUAACGCAAAACAUCACAUUAUAUAUUUGUUGAAGAUGAAUAUGGCCUCAGGCGUAAAUCAGACACUAAGUUGAUUUUGAAUUAUAAAUGGAGGAAAAAAAGAGUUACCAUAUAGAGUUUGCAAUAAUUGUGGGAAGAAUUCAUUUAAAGGACUCCAGGUAUCAGAACACUGUAUAUCUUGUUUGUUUAUCCAGUAAAUAAUUUAAUGCAGAUUUGACAUUUUCUUUCAUUAAAAUCUAAACUUCAUACUUUA